AUGGCUGAGACGAUGAGUCCGGUGCUUAUCAACCCUAGACCUUUUGCAUCCAGUAUUAGUACCGUCAUCAGCACCCAACACUCAUUCCCCAGAGUCCAGAACCUUCAUGUCGACACCAUUUUGGCUGUUGAUGAUAUUGAAAUCCCUACAGUUGAUUUUUCUGUGCUACUCUCUGAUGAUCUGAAAAAGAGAUCUAAGGCAAUUGAAAACAUCGGCAAUGUCUGCGAGGAGUUUGGCUUCUUCUAUCUGGUAAAUCAUGGCGUAUCAGAUGAGGUGUUAAAGAGUGUUUUCACAGGAAUAUCUGAAUUCUUCAAUCCAGUGGAAAUCAAUGACCGAAAGCAGUAUGAGAAAAAGAACCCAACAGAUAGAAUACGAUGGGGUCUCCAAUCUUCUCUUGGGGAGAAUAGAGAAUAUCUCAAGGUGAUUGCAUAUCCUGAUUACCACUGCCCUACUAAACCAGCUGGUUUCAGUGAUGCUAUGGAAGAAUAUUUUAAAAGACUGAGAGUUAUAGUAGAUCGUUUGGGAAAGGCAGUUUCAAAAGCCCUGGGAUUUGAAGAAUGCUACUUAGAAAAAGCUUUUAAGCUGAACUCGGGGUUCGAUAUGUCUGCAAUGAACUUGUACCCACCCAACUUCAAAUCAAAAGGUUCUAUUGGUGUGCCUAACCAUACUGAUCCUGGCUUUUUUGUUUCCCUCAUCCAAGAUGUGAAUAGUGGCCUGCAAAUACUAUCCCAUAAGGGAGACUGGAUCAAUGUUAACAUGCCCAGUGAUGCUAUUUUCAUAAAUCUUGGAGACCAUCUUGAGAUUUUAACAAAUGGGAAGUACAAGAGCCAUGUACAUCGUGUUGUUGUGGACAACAACAAAGUGAAGAGAAUUUCAGUGGCCACACUCCAUGGUCCUUCGUUGGACUCGUUUGUGUCUCCAGCACCAGAAUUCGUUGAUGAGUCUCACCCCCCUAUGUAUCGUGGAAUGACUUACAAGCAAUCUCUGGAGGCUAACGGCGGCGACGAGAUAGAUGUUCAAUCAAGUCUUGAACAAAUUCGGAUCAAAUAAUAUGUCUAAGCCAUCGAGUAUCAAUAUCAAGUUAUC